GUGCCACUCCCAUUUUUCAUUUCCCACUUUCCCAUCUCUCUUCCUUCCCGACAAAGAAGUAGAUCAUUAUGUGGACUGCUGUCAUAGCCGUUUUGAUUAGCAUGGGGAAUUUGGCCUGCUGUAACCACACAACAAGAGAUUGAGGUGAGGACCUCACGCGUGAAGCCGAGGUAGCACUCGUGCGACACCGUGCCAUAAAAGGUAGUAAGGCGUGAAUAAAGCUUGGGGGAAGGAGAGAGGGAGAGGGGAGAGUGGGGGAGCGCAGCUGAAUUGGCUGGAGAUGGCGGGGAAUGAGUGGAUUAAUGGGUAUUUGGAGGCGAUACUGAACAGUGGAGGUGCGGCGGUGGCGGAGGAGCAACGUCCGGUGGCGGCAGCAGCGGAGGCUGAAGUGGGGGUGAGGGGAGCGCAUUUCAAUCCGACGAGGUACUUUGUGGAGGAGGUGGUGACCGGAGUUGACGAGACGGACAUCUAUCGGACCUGGAUCAAGGUGGUCGCCACGAGGAAUGCCAGGGAGAGGAGUUCCCGACUCGAGAAUAUGUGCUGGAGAAUCUGGCACCUUGCCCGCAAGCAAAAGCAGAUAGAAUGGGAAGAUCUCCAAAGGUUAACAAAACGAAGGUGGGAGAGAGAACAAGGGCGAAGGGAAGCCACCGAGGAAAUGUCAGAGGAAUUAUCAGAAGGAGAGAAAGGGGACACUGUGGGCGAGAUCCUCCACUUUGAUACACCAAAGAAGAAGCUCCAGAGUAACGUUUCUGAUCUCCAGAUUUGGUCUGAGGAAAGCAAGGAGAAGAAGCUUUAUCUAGUUCUCAUCAGCUUGCAUGGGCUUGUCCGUGGAGAGAACAUGGAGCUAGGUUGUGAUUCGGACACUGGGGGUCAGGUCAAGUAUGUCGUAGAGCUUGCUAAAGCACUAUCAAUGAUUCCAGGAGUGUACCGGGUGGAUCUCUUCACACGCCAGAUCGCAGCACCUGAGGUUGAUUGGAGCUAUGGGGAACCUACAGAGAUGCUAACCACUGGUUCCAGUGAUGAGGAGGGCAAUGAACUUGGUGAGAGCGCUGGAGCUUAUAUCAUCCGUAUCCCGUUUGGUCCCAGGGACAAGUACCUCAGGAAGGAGCUUCUCUGGCCAUAUAUCCAGGAAUUUGUAGAUGGAGCCCUUGCUCACAUAAUCAACAUGUCAAGGGUACUAGGUGAGCAGGUUGGUGGGGGGCAGCCGGUGUGGCCUUAUGUGAUCCAUGGCCACUAUGCUGAUGCCGGCGAUAGUGCCGCACUUCUCUCUGGUGCCCUAAAUGUCCCUAUGGUUCUCACUGGUCAUUCACUAGGGAGAAAUAAGUUGGAUCAGCUCCUAAAGCAAGGAAGGCAAUCAAAGGAUGAUAUCAACGCUACAUACAAGAUAAUGAGGAGGAUUGAGGCUGAGGAACUUUCACUAGAUGCUGCUGAGCUUGUGAUCACGAGUACAAAACAAGAAAUUGAGGAACAAUGGGGUUUGUAUGAUGGCUUUGAUGUCAAGCUUGAGAAAGUGCUCAGAGCUCGUGCUAGGAGAGGGGUGAACUGCCAUGGACGAUAUAUGCCGAGGAUGGCUGUAAUUCCUCCUGGGAUGGACUUCAGCAAUGUUGUAGUGCAGGAAGAGCAAGCUGAAGCAGAUGGAGAUCUUGCAGCUCUUAUAGGCUCGGAUGGUGCUUCUCCAAAGUCGAUUCCACCAAUAUGGUCCGAAAUCAUGCGGUUCUUCACUAAUCCCCACAAGCCGAUGAUCCUGGCACUGUCGAGACCUGACCCAAAGAAGAAUAUCACCACCUUGUUAAAAGCCUUUGGGGAAUCUCGUCCGCUGAGGGACCUCGCAAAUCUUACAUUGAUCAUGGGAAACAGGGAUGACAUUGAUGUGAUGUCCUCUGGUAAUGCCAGUGUCCUGACAAUAGUUCUGAAGUUAAUUGAUAAGUAUGAUCUCUAUGGUCUUGUCGCUUACCCAAAGCACCACAACCAGGCUGAUGUGCCUGAUAUUUAUCGGCUUGCGGCAAAAACGAAGGGAGUUUUCAUAAAUCCAGCUCUUGUUGAACCUUUUGGUCUGACAUUGAUUGAGGCAGCUGCACACGGGCUUCCAAUGGUGGCGACAAAAAAUGGUGGUCCGGUUGACAUUCAGCGUGCUUUGAACAAUGGACUACUUGUGGAUCCUCACGACGACAGGGCCAUUGCUGAUGCGCUGCUGAAGCUUGUGGCUGACAAGAACCUGUGGAUUGAAUGCCGACGUAAUGGUUGGCGAAACAUACACUUGUUCUCGUGGCCAGAGCACUGCCGCACCUACCUUUCUCGUGUCGCCGCAAGCCGUAUGCGUCAUCCGCAGUGGCAGACUGACACUCCAGGUGCACCUGAUGAUGAUGCUGAGGAGUCAUUAUGGGACUCCCUCAAUGACGUUCAUGAAUCUUCUCUACGCCUUUCAAUCGAUGAAAAGAUUUCAUUUAAUGGCUCCCCUGAGCUUGAUGAUGGUGUUGAUGCUGAAUUGCCUGAUCAAGUGAAGAGAAUUCUAAGCAAGAUCAAGAAGCAAGCACACCCUGAAUCUCAGCUUGGUACCAUGAAGUCUGGUUGGGCAAAUUCAGGAAAUAUUCUAAAUAAGUUUCCUCUCCUUAGGCGGCGACGCCGGCUGUUCGUAUUUGCUCUCGACUGCUACAAUGAAAAUGGUAAACCUGAAAGGAAGCUGGUUCAAGUUAUUCAAGAAGUCUUUCGUGCAGUGAGGUCGGACCAUCAGCUAUCAAGGAUUUCUGGAUUUGCAAUAUCAACGGCCAUGCCGGUUUCUGAAACAUUGAAUCUGUUGAAGUUAGGUAAAAUCCUCGCGACAGACUUCGACGCCUUAAUCUGCAGCAGCGGAAGCGAGGUGUACUACCCAGGGACUCUGCAGUGUAUGGACUCUGAUGGCAGGAUGCAACCAGACCAGGACUUUGCGACGCAUAUAGAUUACCGUUGGGCAUAUGAUGGUGUGAAGAGGACUAUAGCUAAGCUGAUGAACUCUCAAGAUGGGCAGGGUAAUCACAAUGCUGAAGCUUUUGAGAAUGUUGUUGAGGAUGUCACAGCAAGCAAUGACCAUUGUAUUUCCUUUCUGAUCAAUGACCCAAAGAAGGCCAAACCAAUUGAUGAGCUCCGCCGGAAGGUUCGGAUGCGAGGACUUCGAUGCCAUCUAAUGUACUGCAGGAACUUGACAAGGUUGCACGUCGUUCCUCUCCUUGCAUCUCGGUCGCAGGCACUCAGAUACCUGUUUGUUCGCUGGGGUCUGAGUGUAAUGAAUAUGUACAUAUUCCUCGGCGAGCGAGGCGAUACCGACCAUGAGGAGCUCAUUGCAGGUUCUCACAAGACUGUGAUCAUGAAGGGUGUGGUUGAAAGAGGAUCAGAAGAGCUACUCAGAACUGCUAGCAGCUAUAAAAGGGAGGAUGUUGUUCCAGGAGAAAGCCCCCUUAUCAUCUAUACCAAGGAAGGCAUCAGGUCUGAGGAUAUCUUGAAAGCACUCAAAGAAGCAUCCAAAACUACUUCAGGGAUGUGAUAAAAGAGCUAAGGGGUGCUACUUCUCUACUACUUCUCCUGUCUCCUGUCUUCUUUUCUAAAGAUCUAUAAAUAAAGUUUAUCACAAUAAAACACCCAUCAUACAAUAAUAUAUCCAACCUCACCUGUUGAAAGCAAUGUUUCUUCUUUUGUA